CAUGUACAUGUAUAGCCGUCGUCGCCCACUGACUCAGCUUCCACAUCCUCCUACCGGGUCUCCAGACUCAUGCCCAAGUUGUCGUAUAAGUGGUGCUCCUGUGAGAGCUACAGAUGUAGGGAUAAUCCUGACGCAAGUGGUCAGAAACUACAGACCGUUCAGACAGCUGCAAGACACCAUGCUGCUGAUCAGCAGCUCCGCGAUGCUCGUACCAUUGAACCAGUCGCUUCUGGGCCUCACUCACCUGCACAUGAGCCUUUUGGAGCCAACGAACCAUUCGCGCAUGGUGAUGAUGAUGGGGAAGGGAUCUUCGACCCUCCUGAGCCGCUAGACAACCUCUUCGAGAUGUGGAAUGAACCCCCAGACGUUCGAGGCCCAAAUGACUUCAGCACUGACGAAGAUGAAGAAAUUUUUCAGCGACUUGGACGAGCCAACACACCAGAGGAUGACACGGAAGAUCCUGCAGUUCCCGAUGAUGAUCCUGACAUUGAUGUCGAGGAUGAUGAGGCUGCUGCUGCUAUUGAUCUCUUUGUAUCGCAGGGCACCCAGUUUGAUUUCUCGGAUGUCCUAGAAGGAGCGGAUAUUCACGCUGACCCUCCGUCAUGCAUGGACGACCAUCCGGCAGUCCGCCACGCAUACAUACAUGCAUUUAUAUCUGCAGCAUUCUAUAAUGCUACCCACGCAGCAGUGUAUCACGAUCUUGAAGGAAAGGAGCGCCUUCUGCGCACUGCUCAACAGGCCAACCCUGAUAUUGAGUAUCCAGGGCUCGAUAACUUUGCCCGCACACUCCCCACCCUCCUCAGACGACUUGGUCUAUCGACAGAUCAAUUUAUUGUUUAUUUUUUCGUUUGCAAUGUCUGUUGGAAGCUACACCAUCCAUCAGAGCUUCCUGAGCUACAUUCUCCUGAUUGCACUAAUCCUGAUUGUGACGGAUUGUUGUACACCUCGAAACGACUGGCUGACGGCACCCUCAAACGAACUCCAACAAAAAUCGUCCCAUAUGUACCUCCUGAACGGGCUCUACAGCGAUUUCUUCUACGACCAGGCAAAUGGGACCAAUUCCAGCACUGGCGCGGCCCUGAAGACCAGCCAGGUCAUGUCCCGCCUAUUCCUGGUCAUGGAUACAAUUCAUUUCCCGACCCGUCUAAGCCAAUGAGAGACAUUUAUGAUGGAUAUGGCUGGCGUAUGAUUCAGGCGGGGCUAGAGCGUCGAAGAGGUGGACGAUGGGAAAUAGAGGAUGUAGACGUGCACGAACUUCAUCAACGUUUUGUUUCACUACCUUGCGGACUGGUAUGGCAAAUCAAUAUUGACUGGUUUCAAGCGGUUAAAGGAAAAUCAGGCUAUCAUUCUACGGGCGCGUUUUAUGCUGUCAUCUGCAACAAUCCACGCUCUAUUCGUUAUCUCCCGGAAAGAAACAAUACUCGAGUAGAAUUCACUGUUCAUGGUCACGAUGAUCCGGAGGUGUCACACUCUCAUCUGUACUGCAAUGUAUCUGAUCUCCCGUCAAGUCGCAAAGUGACCGGCCUCCAAGGUCAUAGCUCGAAAUUCUUCAUGUGUCCAACUUGUAAAACACCUUCCUUCUCGCUUGCUCACCCAAGUUGUUUUGAUCCGUCAAAAUUCAAGUACCGAGACGACUGGAGGUAUAUCAAGUAUUCAUUUCGUUCACGUAAUGCAGACUCUGCAACUGCCGACGCCAUUCAUGAGAAUCGAGGUGCCCGUUGGUCUGCCCUCAAUUACCUUCCGGGUUGGAUGCCUGCUCGUAGCUCCGUAGUCGAGUUUAUGCAUGCGGUGUUUUUGGGUCUGGUGAAGCAUCUUAACAAGAUCAUCCUCAUUAAGUCUGGUUUACUUAACGGAACGAGACUUGUCAAGCCAAUGGACCGACUUGAGGCCUUCUUUUCAGGGCUCGUUUGGCCAGUCGAAGCAAAUCGCCUACCGCCUUCACUUUCAACUGGCAAGGGAUCACCAAAAGCAGAUCAAUGGCGCAAUCAAAUUGCAGUCCUCUUUGUCGCUCUGUAUGAUGCGUGGGCAGUCGACGGCGAGAUCCCAGACCACAAUGCACCUCCCUCGGCGUCUAAUACCAAAAACUUCACUGCCCAAGCCACGAUGCAGAAAACUCUACGCUCACGGCUUUUGGAGCAUCUGCUCGCUCGCAAUGCACAUCCCUCUGAUGCUGAAACUGAACGUGUUAACUCUGCAAAGAUGGACCGUAAUUUACGUCGACAUUAUGCUGUAAUUCUCGAGUUCUCGGCUGCGGUGCGCAUCCUAUCAUCUCAAUCUAUCAGUCCAAACGAUGUUCGCAGAGGAUGUGUAGCAUUAUCUCAUGCUACACAGAGCUGGGCUCGCAUGGGAUGUCACCUGACACCGUACUUUCAUUUUGUUAAUCACUUUGAACAGCAGAUGUAUGAAUUCGGGCCCUGUUAUGCGACGUGGGCUUUUGCGUUCAAGCGACAUAAUGGCAAGCUCGCAAAGAUAAAUCACAACCAGCAUAAAGGAGGAGAACUUGAAGCUACACUGAUGCGACGGUGGUGGAGCAUUACAUUCAAUUACGAGCUUAUCCUUCACAUCGAAGCUCUUCCUAACCGAACCGAGGAUGAUGAAGACUCCCUGCGGCUUCUUCGGAUGUCCCUGAAGACUCAACAGAAAGGUCGCCUGAAUGUUGUGGAAGAUGAUAUCACUUUCACUAAGCACCCGAAGAAGCUCAAUCUAUUGGCAAUCAGCAACAACAUAUAUCAGAUUACAUACAGGUACCUGCGCAACAAAUCAUACUCUCAUGUGUGGUUACGGGGACUUCGGUAUGGUUCUGCAAUCGCUCAUCGAGGGAAGUCUGCCCGUUACGCAUACAUCAAUGGACGCCAACCUGUGGAAAUUCAAUACCUACUACAAGUCUCACAUGAUAGGCGUGUUGCUGACACAGCACCGCUCAUCGCUGAUCUUGCCAUUGUACGACAUUUUAUUUCGGAUGACAACAUACCCGAGUUUCCCUGGGCGCUGUGGGCAACAGAUUUGGGAGUUUCUGCAUGGUAUGCAGACCAGCUUGAUGAUUUAGAGGUGGUUCCUAUCAGUGCCUUGAGUGGGCACUUCAUCCUUGCUCCGCUCAACGUACACGACAAAAUGCUUUGGAUCGCGGUCGUGUAUGAUCACGGCAACCCAGAAGCGGAUGUUGACGUCGAUGAUGACUGAAUUAACAUGCAUGUACUACGGCUCGUUCAUUACUGAUACAAUAUCUUCUUGGCAUGGUACAGUGUGGUUGUGCAAGAGGUCUAUGUCUGUGGGUUACUAGGCAUUGUACAAGUCCUCAUCAUCCUCGUUGGCUAGUGGUUCUCCUUCAUCAUCUGCUAAUCCCUCGUCAUUCAAGCCUUGGGCUUGUUCAGAUAAUACAAUGGUAGUAGUGACAUACCAAUGCUUCCAUCGUACCUCGAUGGGUCUUGAGGGUGCAAAUGUAGC